AUGGAAAAUUGUACAGACACAAAUAAUAGCACCAUUUGCACAGGAAUUCCCUACAAAGACAGCAAGACACUUCUGGUUGCUGUUUACAGCAUUGUUUUUGCCAUAGGCCUUCCAGCAAACUGCUUAACUUCCCUGCUUACAUUCAUACAAAUCCAAAGGAAUAAAGUAAUUGCCAUCUACAUUUUCAGUUUAUCAUUGUGUGAGCUGAUGUAUUUAAGUACCUUGCCUCUCUGGAUUCUCUAUGUGCAAGAUGAGCACCAGUGGACUAUGGGUGAAAAAGCUUGCAGAGUAACAGGAUUCAUCUUUUUCUGCAACAUAUACAUCAGCAUUCUGCUUUUGUGCUGCAUUUCUGUGGAUCGUUAUGUGGCACUGGUGUAUGCUCUGGAAUCAAGGGGGAGAAGAGGACAGAAAAAGGCAAUCAUAAUAGUGUUUUUUCUCUUUGCUGUGGUUGCAAUAAUCCACAUUCCGGUAUUUUACAUGGAAGAUAAUCCAGGUUAUAAAACCUGCUUUGAGACUUUGCCUCUUGACAUCAAACUGGCUUCUUUCAGCUUUGCUAGAUUCCUAUUUGGAUUUGCCAUACCUUUCACAAUCCUUAUUUUCACAAACUAUAAAAUUUUUCAAAGUACAAAAACAAGCAGCAUCUUGACUUGUCGCCAAAAAGCCAAAGUGAAAUAUCUGGCUAUUGCCAUCAUUGUCAUUUUCCUGAUGUGCUUUGCUCCCUACCAUGUGGUACUUAUAAUAAGAUCCAUAUACUUCAUGUUUCAUCAAAAUUGCUCAUGUCCAUUUGAAGAAGAUAUCUAUUCAGUUUUUACAGUGUUUCUGUGUUUAGCCACUGCAAACAGCAUUGCUGAUCCAAUCAUCUAUGUGCUGGUUAGUGAAAACGUCAGAAAAGACUUUUAUAGGAGUCUGAGAAGAUGGAGAUUGAACUCAUCCAGACUGAAUUCAUCCAUUAAUCACAAGACUGACAGCAUAAAAUGGAAAAUGUCAAAAGAAGCACAGGAAGGAGUGGUAAGAGAAGAAAACAAAGAAACACCAGUUUCAUCUGACAUUCAGAAAACCUGUAAUAGUGGCAAAGACCAGGAAGGUGGAAGCUAG